AUGCGUGUGGUCACGCUCACCGGCAAAAACCCCCGAAGGAAGGAGCGCGGGCAGGGGAAGGAAAUAGAAGACCACGUGGCAUUUUUAAUAACUGUUCCAACAGCCCUAGCAAUUUUUUUUGCUAUAUUUAUCCUUGUCUGCGUAGAACCUGUAUUUAAGAAGCUGCUUCGUGUAUUUUCUCUGGUGGUCUGGGUAUGUCUUGUUGCCAUGGGAUAUCUCUUUAUGUGUUUUGGAGGAGUCAUCUGUCCCUGGGACCAGGUGUCAUUUUUCCUGUUCAUUAUUUUUGUGGUAUAUACCAUGCUGCCCUUCAACAUGAGAGACGCUAUAGUGGCCAGCGUCUUGACCUCUGCAUCUCAUACCAUUGUGCUGAGCGUAUGUCUAUCAAGUACAGCUGCAGUAAAGGAGCACCUGGUCUGGCAGAUAUUGGCAAAUGUAAUCAUUUUUAUCUGUGGGAACUUGGCAGGAGCAUACCACAAACAUCUCAUGGAACUUGCGCUGCAGCAGACCUAUCAGGACACGUGCAACUGCAUCAAAUCCCGUAUCAAGUUAGAAUUUGAGAAGCGACAGCAGGAGCGUCUCCUGCUUUCUUUGCUGCCUGCUCACAUUGCCAUGGAAAUGAAAGCCGAGAUCAUUCAGCGGUUACAAGGUCCCAAGGCAGGCCAACUGGAAAAUACCAACAACUUCCACAAUUUGUAUGUCAAAAGGCACACCAAUGUAAGCAUCUUGUACGCUGAUAUUGUGGGAUUCACUCGCCUGGCCAGCGACUGCUCACCCGGGGAGCUGGUGCACAUGCUGAAUGAGCUGUUUGGCAAGUUUGAUCAGAUUGCAAAGGAAAAUGAAUGUAUGAGAAUUAAAAUUCUAGGUGACUGCUAUUACUGCGUGUCUGGACUCCCUAUAUCUCUUCAAAAUCAUGCCAAGAAUUGUGUGAAAAUGGGACUGGACAUGUGUGAAGCCAUUAAGAAAGUGAGAGAUGCCACUGGAGUUGAUAUUAAUAUGCGCGUGGGAGUGCACUCUGGGAAUGUCCUCUGUGGUGUUAUUGGGCUACAGAAGUGGCAGUAUGACGUAUGGUCACAUGAUGUUACAUUGGCAAAUCACAUGGAAGCUGGAGGAGUCCCAGGCCGUGUUCACAUCACUUCAGUCACCUUGGCACAUCUGAACGGAGCAUACAAAGUGGAAGAUGGGGAUGGAGACGUGAGGGACCCAUAUCUGAAAGAGCAUAAUGUUAAGACUUACUUUGUAAUCAAUCCUAAGGGGGAAAAGCGAAGUCCUCAGCACCACAUCAGACCUCGACACACUCUUGAUGGAGCCAAAAUGAGAGCGUCCGUCCGCAUGACCCGGUACCUGGAAUCCUGGGGAGCAGCCAAGCCAUUUGCACACUUGCACCACAGGGACAGCAUGACCACUGAAAACGGCAAGAUUAGCACAACAGAUGUUCCUAUGGGGCAAUAUCAUUUUCAGCGUUGCAGAGAGAGAACAAAAUCACAGAAAAAAAGGUUUGAGGAGGAACUGAAUGAGAGGAUGAUUCAGGCCAUUGACGGAAUCAAUGCUCAAAAGCAAUGGCUUAAAUCUGAAGACAUUCAAAGAAUAUCACUUCUUUUCUAUAAUAAAACUCUGGAAAAAGAGUAUCGAGCAACUACUCUGCCUGCAUUUAAGUAUUAUGUGACUUGUGCCUGUCUCAUAUUCUUCUGCAUUUUUGUUGUGCAGAUUCUGGUAUUGCCAAAAACAUCAAUUCUUGGAGUUUCAUUUGGGGCUGCGUUCCUCUUGCUUUCCUUCAUCCUUUUUAUCUGCUUUGCUGGACAGCUUUUGCAAUGUAGCAAGAAAGCAUCAGCUUCACUGUUGUGGAUCCUGAAGUCAUCUGGAAUAAUUGCAAACCGUCCUUGGCCACGGAUCACUCUUACGUUGACAACCACUGCUAUAAUAUUAACUAUGGCUGUGUUUAACAUGUUUUUCCUGGAUAACGCUGUGAAAGCUUUUCCCUCAGUUCUUAAUUCAUCAAAUGCAAGUUUUCCUAAUUCAAGCGACCAGGCACCGUGGUGUAUACAAAACAACUAUUUUUUCCUCCCGUAUUUUAUAUACAGCUGCAUAUUAGGAUUGAUUUCCUGUUCCGUUUUCCUAAGGAUAAAUUAUGAGUUGAAAAUGGUGAUAAUGUUGAUUGCACUGGUGGGCUACAAUGUUAUCCUCCUACACACUCAUGGGUCCAUGCUGGAUGAUUACAGCAAAUUUAUGUACGCAAUGGCACCUCUAAAAAGGCCAGGAAUACUGAAAGACCUGAAGACAAUGGGCUCAAUUUCUCUGUUUAUAUUCUUCGUCACGUUACUGGUUUUGGGUAGACAGAAUGAAUAUUACUGUAGGUUAGACUUCCUGUGGAAGAACAAGUUCAAAAAAGAGCGGGAGGAGAUUGAAACGAUGGAGAAUCUAAAUCGGGUGCUGCUGGAGAACGUGCUUCCAGCCCACGUGGCAGAACACUUCUUGGCAAGAAACCUGAAGAACGAGGAUCUAUAUCAUCAGUCAUAUGACUGUGUCUGUGUCAUGUUUGCCUCUAUUCCGGAUUUCAAAGAAUUUUACACAGAAUCUGAUGUAAAUAAGGAAGGCUUGGAAUGUCUCAGGCUGCUAAAUGAAAUCAUUGCUGACUUUGACGAUUUAUUGUCUAAGCCAAAGUUCAGUGGAGUUGAAAAGAUAAAGACCAUUGGAAGCACUUACAUGGCAGCAACAGGACUGAGUGCUACACCCAACCAAGAACAGUGUCAGGAACCUGAACGACAGUAUAUGCACAUAGGAACCAUGGUGGAGUUUGCAUUUGCCUUAGUUGCGAAACUGGAUGUCAUAAACAAGCAUUCAUUCAAUGAUUUCAAGUUACGAGUGGGUAUUAAUCAUGGACCUGUAAUAGCUGGAGUAAUUGGAGCUCAAAAACCACAAUAUGAUAUCUGGGGCAAUACCGUAAACGUGGCCAGCAGGAUGGACAGCACUGGUGUCUUAGAUAAAAUACAGGUUACAGAGGAGACAAACAAUGUUCUACAAACGCUGGGGUACAUGAGCACUUGCAGAGGAAUAAUAAACGUAAAAGGAAAAGGAGAACUGAAGACAUACUUUGUACAUACGGAAAUGACAAGGUCCCUUUCACAAGGGAACGUGGCAUCCUGAAGAAUAUUUGUAGGCGUCAUCAAUACUGUAUUUUCAGGAAAGUAUCACGCACUUUUUAACAUUUUGGCCCUUAACAUGCGUGCUAUUUUCUGGUAUGUGGCACUUAUUUUAAUAUGGCUGCAGAAUAGUCCCAUGAUCCAUCAUUUGAUAUUCCUAUGUUUGAGGACAGUGGUGUAGCACGCUACAGGACUGGAAGAUUGUACUGCAACUUGCACUGUUAUGCGAAGACAAGAAAAGAAGGAAUAGGAAUUGGAGGUAACUCAUCCUGAAAGAACCAAAAAGAGACGUUAGUGGCAAACGGGAGGGAAAAAAGGCAAUAAAGCUAGGGGUGCAUACUAUUUUCUGAUGCAUGGUGUUUUCUGGAAAAUAUGGUAGCUCCCCAAUAGCAUCAACUAAUCUGGUAUUAAAAUAUACAGUAUUUGUAAAUAAGUUUACUCUGUCCACACAUGAUUUGGAUGUGAUCACCAGUUGCAUCUCAUAGCCAGGGACACGUUAGGUGGCUUGCUGGCGUCCUUUCUGGGGAGAGAACUAACAACGCUGGAACAGUUUUGUACAAACGUGUCAAAUGUUUUGAAGCUAUUGUCUUUUGUAAGGUUAAUUCAUUAAAAGUUUAUAUGUACUUUGUCUUAC